AUGGGCGGCAUAUUGGGAACCAUCAGCAACCACAACUCUGGAAACCGUCGCACAAAAAUGUCCACGAGAGAGCGACAGGCAGUGCAGAAAACCUGGGCUCGCUUCUGCAAGGACACCAACAACAGCGUCACUCUGUUCAUCGAGUUGUUCAUGAGGCACCCAGAAUACAAGUCAUUAUUCCAGUACUUCAACGAAGUGCCGUCUUCAGAAUUAUCUGCGCAACCGCAGUUUGUCGCCCACGCAAUGGCCGUAGAGUACCAGAUGACUGCCAUGAUUCAUUCUUUAGACGAUGGCACGCUUCUGGAAACCCUCAUGCGCAAGAACGCCUACGUCCACGCGCGACACAGAAGAGUACUUCCGAACCACUUUGUGAAUUUCACUCAGGUGAUAAAGUGGAUGCUCCAUCAGAAAAUUGGUGACAUGAUGAGCCUGGACGCAAUUAACGGUUGGGAGAAGUUCUCUCAGAUGCUCACAAGCGUCACAAAGGACACCUUUCAGGCACCUGUGGAAGAAGCAAAUCGCAGGCGUUCGAUCGGGGCGUCCACUAUACGUACCUCAAUGUCGCAAGCAGAACCUGUACGCACCGCAACUAAUAUUACGCACAGUGAGAAUUUGGAAUCACAGAAUUCAGCGAGAAUCACCUGA